CCUGACGCGAAAAAAAAGCGUAGUAACAAGAUGGCGGAGCUUGAAGACCUGCGCGCAUUUCUUCUAUGUUUACAGAUGUUCGUCUUAAUGCAAAAACAGGCCAUGAGCAUCCAAAAACAACAGUUAAUGCGGAAAAGGAGACGGCGACUCCGUGCAAGAACAAUGGCAUUGUUAAACAUCACGAGGAGGCGUGGUGUUUGGACGUAUCCACGAGCGCAACUUUGGUGGGACGUCACUGUUCCAGAAAUGACCGACGAGGAAUUCCUGAGGAACUUUCGGGUAUCAAGGGAGUCAUUCAGUUAUAUUUGUCGAAGUCUUGCCCCCAUUUUGCAAAAGAAAAAUACAAACUGCCGUUUGUGUUUACCUGUGGAUAAACGAGUUGCAGUCGCAUUGUGGAAACUGGCAACAAACACUGAAUACAGGAGUUUUGGAUUGAAGAGUGCCAUACCACGCCUUACCUGUAGGUGUCAGUGCAGAUAGCUGGAACGUAAACGCAGAGAAGCAACAUAAACUGCAGCUACAGCAAACAGCUCUUUGCAGUUUUUGCCAAAAGUUAGCUCCAGUAUGAACUCGCUGGUUGGAUAUGGAGUUUCCUCCGGCAGUGAGGAAGAGGAGGAAGACGUAAACAACAGAAAGGCUGACUCCCUUCAGGAUGAUGUUGAUGACCCUGCCAAAAAGAGCCGCAACUUUUUACUGGAAUCUGACUCGGCAUCAAGUGAGUCAGACUUAGAGGAUCAGGAGUCCUCAUCAUCAUCACUUCCUGCUCAUCAUCAUCCCCAAACACCAGGCUCCUCAGCAGCCUUCCGGCCCAUCCUGCCCCCAGCCCCCAUAGACUCUGUUACCCCUAAAAAGUUACCCCCUCCAACUCUAAACAGCUCAUCUGACAGCGGCGUUUUCGCCAACCCUUUCAAAGCACAGGCCGACCAGAAGCUCAGUGCCUUACAGAAACACGUUCCCCUCACCAUGCAGGCAAGACCCUCCCAGAUAGGGGGCAAAAAGGUGUGUGUUUCCUACAGGAAGGACGGAAGGUGCAGGUUUGGCAUUAAAUGCAAGUUUGCUCACGACAGUGACCUUCAGACCACGGUUAUUCCCAGUGGCUGUCAUCCAGCUGUCAGCGAAGAAACACCAGAGCCAGGUGGAGGAACCCAGAGCUACCAACAGGAAUCUAAUGACAAAGAGGCUGAGCAGCAGCAGAUGAAGAAGAAAAGAGUUGGACUGAGUAACUCUUUGAUUCCUCCUAAGAGAGCGCUGAAGCAGUAUAGUAUGCAGAGAGACAGAGAGCGAAUCAAUAUGUCCUGAUGACAGGUUUAUAAGCUGAGAAUAAACUGAAUGUCUUCAAUGAGGAAGGUGUGGACAGGGUUCCGGACCAGUAAUCACACAAGUCUCCCUUUUCACUGUUCCCAGUUACACACGGGCCAAUUCGUCCGUUCGUUCUUAAAGACAAACGCAGAGAACUAAAGGCUGACAGUACCUGUAAAUAGUAGGUCUGAACUGUUUACUGAUAUCAAGGUACACCAUAUUUUAUCAACAUUUGGUUUAAAACUGCAGAUUGUCCCUUAUACUGUUCCUAGUCCUUUUAAGGAGAUGCCAGAAAAAAGUGCAUGUAUCAUAAUUAAAAUUAAAAAAAUGAGAAAAUUCACCUCAACAGUCUUGUUAAGACCUUAAGAUCUUGUAGCAACAGUAAAUUACCUUUCCUGUUUUAAAUAAAAGCACUAAGACUA